AUGCCACCCAAAGGCAAACCAGCCAAGGCAAAGACAGCCGACGCUCCCGCCAAGCCUGAACCCAAGACAGUCCUUGAGCGCGCCCAGCAAGUCUACGAGCUCACCAACCCCUACCAAGAGGCCCGAGAGAAACUCGGUCUACACGGCCUAUCGACCGUCGAGCGCACCGCUUACUUUAACCAAGACUACCUCUGCAAGGGCGAGGUUCAUUUGCUUGGCAAAAAGGCCCAAAAGGAGCUGUGGAAGCAGGUCAACGAGGCAAACACACCGUUGCGGCGGGUCUCCAAGCCGUCGGUCGGGGAUUGGGGCAAGGACAAGUACGGUCGUCCCAUUGGCGAGUACUCGCUCGAGCAGUACGAGGACCGAUCCGAGAAGCGCUCCCGCCACAUCAACCUGCUCAACCAGAGCCGAAAGUUCCGGGAGCGGAGACUCAAGGCCCAGCGCGUCCGCGGCGGCGAGCCCCAGGUCAAAUUCACCCCCGACGACUUGGCCGAGAUUGAGCAAGAGCGCGCUCGGAGACAAGAAAUGGCGGCCCUCGGCAGCGAGCUCUACGGGCACAAGAUGGGGUCGUACGCCACUGAUCCCGACUGGGACGACGUGAUACCCGUGCCUCAGACGGAGCCAGAGGGAGCUCUAGCUUCUAUAGCCUAUCCAGACGAUUAUGCCGAGUCAACGGCAUAUCUCCGCGCCGUCAUGAUUGCCAAAGAGUAUUCGCCCCGCUGCCUCAAGCUGACCGAGCACAUCAUUUCCAUGAACCCGGCACACUACACGGUAUGGCUGUACCGCUUCUCCAUUGUCCAGGCCCUCGACAUUCCGCUGCUCGACGAGCUGGCCUGGCUCAACGAGGUGGCCCUCGAGCACCAGAAGAAUUACCAAAUCUGGCACCACCGCCAGCUGCUGCUGGACCACUACUACCCGCAGAUCCGCGACAGCCCCGACGAGGUGCGCCGGUUCGCGGCCAGCGAGCGCGCCUUCAUGACCGACAUGUUUGCCGACGACGCCAAAAACUACCACGUCUGGACCUAUCGCCAGUACGCCGUGCGCAAGCUGGGAACGUGGGACGACGACGCCGAGCUCGCCAGCAUCGCCACCAUGGUCGACGAGGACGUGCGCAACAAUUCCGCCUGGUCCCACCGCUUCUUUCUCGUCUUUUCCGAUCCCCGGAAUACUACACCAGGCUCACACGCCACCGGGCACGAUCCCGCCGUGCCCGCCGACAUUGUGGACCGCGAGAUUCAGUAUGCCGAGGACAAGAUCAAGCUGGCACCGCAAAAUCAAAGCCCGUGGAAUUAUCUCAAGGGUGUCCUGGUCAAGGGUGGAAGAAAGCUAGGUACUGUCAGAGAUUAUGCCGAACAGUACGUCGACAAUCUUGGCAGCAAUGACGAGCAGGUUCGCAGCUCGUAUGCCUUGGAGCUCUUGGCCGAUAUUUAUGCCGAGGCUGGUGAAAAGGAAAAGGCUGAUUUGUGUCUGAGGCGGUUGGGUGAAAAGUGGGAUCGCAUACGCCUGGGAUACUGGGAAUGGAAACGUAUGGAAAUCAACAAGGCCUCGUAG